UCCCCGACAUUUUUCGUUUCCUUUGCCGGCGCGCGCGAUCGUCCGUUUCACCGUAAUGUCGUCCCACAAAAACGUAAGACUGGGCCCGCACGUUUCGCGAAGCCAACGGGAAUUGCUGGUCGCAUUCAUGGAGGAGCAUGCGUACCUCGUGACAACGUCCCGCGUGCCCAGCGCGGAGGUUACCGCGGAACGCAAGAGCGAGCUGUGGGAACAAAUCACUGCCGCGCUGAACGCGGAGGGCCCGUCGAAGAAGUCGGUUCGGGGAUGGCAGGCUUUCUGGCGCAAGGAGGUGUUUCAAGCACGCCGUCAUGCCGCCGCAACGUCCGCAAGCGGUUCAAGCCGCCUGAUGUUCGGCGUUGGCGGCCGCAUCCUGCAGUUGGUCGGCACCUCCGCCUACCAUACCUCCGCGGUGACUGGCGUGAGCGAGCUUCUGUCGCAGCCGCUCGACGAGGGCGGAUUGGACGUAUUUGUGGCAAGCUUAUCGGUGGACACAAAGCCAGACGUCGCCAGUGGCCUUUCAAGUGAAACUAAUAUAGGCGCAGAACACCCACAACAGGCCGACAGCCAGACCCAGAGCCCAUUAGAUGAGCUGACUCCCGGCCCCAGCUCUGCUGAAACCAGCCAGUCCCAAGGAGCGCAACGCCGGUGCCGCAGUCCCCGUCGUGUGUCGAACCACGGACGCCUCUUAGAACGUGUCGCCGAGGACUGUGCAAGAACUGCGGCACAAAAUGCAGAGACAAACAAACUACUUCGUGGCGUCCUUGAGGGCGUGAGCCAGAUGGCCAGUGCCUCGGUACGGCAGGCUGUGGCAGCCGAACGGAUGGCAGCAGCCGCAGAGAGACAGUCUGAACAACUGGCAGAUAUGCUCCGUCACGUGGGUCAGCUUUCGCCGUUGCUGGCCUCGUUCAUGCAAGAAAGGGCCGCUGCAAGAAGACUGCAGUAGUUGCAAUUUAAAUGCCUUAAGGAGAGAGUUGAUUCUGAGGACAAACAUUUAAAAAAUCUUUAUUAUUUGCGUGACGGUGCUGAAAACGUUCAGAUAUGUGCAAUUUUAUGUGUUUAUAUUCAAUAUGAGGUUCACUUUCGUUACAAUUAUUUUGUUCCACAUUUGUGCAAGUUUCAUUUGCACAACUUUCUGGAAAAAAAGAUUGCGAUAAACCUAUUCAGAUCUCACUGAACAGGCUAUCAUCAGCUUCUCCCUGAUGCAAGAAAUACAGUAAGAUCAGCCUUAUAGCUAUUAUAAGGACAUUAAAAAAAGCGCACGUUUUCAGCACCAUACCUUAAUGAAUCAGGUUGUAAUGGUUUUUCUUCACCUAGGAACCAAAAUUUCCUCUUAAAUUCCGACUAUGCGCAUCAGGAUAUUUGUUGUUAAGCCCAAUUUUCAACAAUAAUCACAUUUUUUUAUAUUGUCGCGAGAGGGAACGGCAAUGCUUUCAGCUCAGAACGAACGGCUGUUUACUUUCUUGUCAGGCGACAGCAACCACCAACGUCGUCUUUAUCAUCUACUACUAAGAGAGAGCAUGGCUUUGUGGUACUUUUUCAUGCACUUAAUCACCGUUGGACACAUCUGUGAAAAUUUGGUUUCAGAUAUGUCACCUUAUUCAACUAGCAACAGGUUACCUGUUGGCGGAGAGACAUUGUCACAUUGUGUUCAACCGACUCAUACCAUCUUUUACAUACACUGAAGUAUUAAUUAGUCUAGUCAGACAUCUGUGAUAAUUCAGCGAAUGCAGCCUUUCUGCGUCAUGAAUGAGAGAGCCAUUGUGUGUGUUAUAUGAAGCGAUUGAGGCUGGCGGCAUAAGAAUAUAUGUUUUUGAUUAAUAUGACAUCUCAGCCACUGCUUGCACGUAACGUUGGAUAUGAGAAGCAGCAUAUAUCAAGUGCUUCACUGUACCUGAUACGCAAGAGUGGUUAUACUUGCUGUGAUAUUGUGAUUCUGUGAUAUACGUGCGUUCUGGAGGACUGCUGCCUUACCAAUACAUUUAUAAGAGACUCAACUAUGUGCCUUUAAAAGGAAGCUUUAGCUUGAGGCCAACUCCGGUGCCGUCUAUUGAAGUAGAUGAAAUGCUAAUGAAUGUUGUUGCAUUUGAGAAAGCAGCUUAAAUUCUAGUGACUUCAGUAAGCAGAAUAUUGAAUUAGUGCCUGGAAUAUUUUGCAAAAAUAUUCCAGUUAAAAAAAGUUAGAAACAUGAAGCACAGCGUUUACAAUUUUGUAACUAUGCAUUAAAGACAGAUAUCACAGUUCUGCAAGCUACGUCGGUCAGUGCAUCUAAAUCGGAGGCCUCCGAUAUAGUUAUUUACAGGGGACAUUAAUUUGUUAUGAGAUUUACAGAUAUUGCGAAAAUUGCAAACAUAAAUUACUCGUAUAUUUCAGUUCGGGUAUAAUGUAUCAGUUUUUGUUCGCUCCGGAUGUCUUAUUAGUUGCAGUUUACAAAAUUUUGGUAUAGUUUCUCAUUGCUGAGUUACAGAGUUGUAAACGUGACAGUUUGGUUUCUUGAAAUUUCUUGAAAUUUUUCAAAUUCCUACACUUUUUAUGAAAAAAUUAAAUGGCCUAAAUAAAAACCAUACAGAUUCAAACACUGGAUUUUAGCUUUCCUCAUUAAUUGGAAUGAACCUCAUCAAAUUAUGUGUGCCGGUCGCCGAGAAAAAGUUCACAUGUGUUCACAUCUGUUCACAUGUGUUUAGAUAGGGCCUUCCGGCCGAGCUAAAGCUUUCUCUUAAUGCAGUUUUUUUUUCCAGCAUAACCGCAUAUGCGACGUUAGCCCUGCUUAGUGUGUCAUUUUUACGAAUAUAUCACGAAAGCACCAGCGUGUUACAUGGACUGUUUGACCAUCAUC